AUGGCACACUAUCUGACCCGAGGAAAGAAGAUCGUUGCAAUCGGACGCAACUACCUUGAACAUAUCAAGGAACUUGGAAACACUGUGCCGCCAGAGCCUUUCUUCUUCCUCAAGCCCACAACGAGCUAUUUGACCGGAAAGAGGUUUGAGGUCCCAAAGGGAGUUUUAGUUCACUAUGAAGUCGAACUCGGUGUUGUUAUCGGAAAGACAGGAAGGGAUAUUUCUGAAGCGCAGGCGGACUCCCAUGUUGCUGGAUAUACCCUCUCAAUCGAUAUGACUGCACGGAAUAUGCAGGAUGCUGUCAAGAAGAAGGGAUUGCCCUGGUCAGCAGCCAAAGGAUUCGAUACGUUUACACCUACAAGUCCUUUCAUUCCACGGGAAAAGAUUGUCGAUCCACACAACUUGAAUCUCUGGCUAAAGAUCAAUGGGGAAUUCAAACAAAAUGGCAAUACUAAGGACAUGAUGAACCGUAUCCCACGUCUUAUCCAGCACGUGUCUUCUAUUAUGACCCUUGAGGAAGGUGAUUUGAUCCUCACAGGUACCCCUCACGGAGUCGGACCUGUUAAAGUUGGCGAUCAAAUUACUGCAGGACUCGCUGUUCCAGACAAGCCUGAUCUCUUAGCGUCGCUUGAGCUCGAGGCUGUAGCAAGAGACGGAGGAUAUAUUUUCAAGGAAUAG